CUAAAAUCAUAUAUAAUUGAAAAAAUAAUUUUAAAAUGCAAGCAUCUGAAUUUGAAGAGGAUGAUUUUGAAUAUGACGACGACAAUGUUAGCAUGUUUGAAGGUAGCGAAAUGUCAACAAGUGCAAUGGGCGAUUAUUCUGAUUUUGAGACUUCCUCCAAAGAUUCAGACUUUUCUAUGAAUAAUGACAAUGAUGAUAGUAACAACGAGGAAGACAUUGCAUAUGAUGAUGACGAUAUGUUUACGGAUACCAGUCAUAAGAAAAAAACGUAUCAGGUUGAUUUUUCUACCAAAAAUAUUGAACAGAUUACGAAAAUGCAGAUUGAAACAAUAGAUCAAGUAUCAACUUUAUUAGAGUUGAAAAGAGAAGAUACAGCAACUUUACUCCGUUACUUUAAAUGGAACAAAGAAAAAUUGGUCGAAAAAUAUAUGGACUCCCCUGAUAAAAUAUUGGAAUUGGCUGGUAUCACAAACGACCUUGUUAUUAUGAAAAAUAGUGAAAUAUCAUCUACUGCAGAAGAGGAAUCAUUUAUGUGUGAUAUAUGUUGUGAUGAUGAUUUGGACAUGGAGAUCAUUGGACUUGCCUGUGGCCAUAGGUUCUGUAAGAAUUGUGUGGUGGUCUACACAAGUCAAAAGAUCAAAAAUAGUGAGAAUAAGCCGAUUCAAUGUCCCCAAGAUGGAUGUAGUGUCACAAUGGAUGAAAAAAUAAUUGGUUUGUUAGUCCAGCCUGAAAUAAAUAAAAGAUACAAAGAAUUAUUGAAUCGCUCUUAUGUCGACGAUAAUAACUCUUUACGAUGGUGUCCUGCGCCUGAUUGUGAAUACGCUAUCGAAUGCCAUAUACCCAGCACCUCUCUUACUUCUAUAGUUCCUACUGUUGUAUGCCACUGUGGAUACUUAAUGUGCUUUGGUUGUGGACUACCUAAUCAUCAGCCAGCUAUAUGUCCCAUUGUUAAGAAAUGGCUCAAAAAAUGUAAGGAUGACUCUGAAACUGCUAACUGGAUAUCCGCCAACACAAAAGAAUGUACUAAGUGCCAAUCCACUAUCGAGAAAAAUGGCGGUUGUAACCAUAUGACUUGUAGAAAAUGCCGAUAUGAGUUUUGUUGGGUGUGCAUGGGCCCCUGGUCUGAGCAUGGCACAGCAUGGUAUAAUUGUAACAGAUUUGAUGAAUCAAGCAACAGUACCAAAGAAUCACAAUCUAAAUCCAGAGCCAGUCUUGAACGUUAUUUGCAUUACUACAACCGAUUCGCAAACCAUGAACAAUCAGCAAAGCUAGAAGAAGAGCUUUAUAUCAAGACGGAGAAAAAGAUGGAAGAGCUACAAAAAUCAAGUGAUCUUUCUUGGAUUGAGGUCCAAUUUCUCAGAAGAGCAGUUGACGUUACCGUUAAAUGUAGAACAACUCUCAAGUGGACUUAUGUCUUUGCUUUUUAUUUAGAAAAGACAAACGCAACAGCUUUAUUUGAAGACAAUCAAAGAGAUUUAGAAAUGGCUACUGAGCAAUUAUCCGAACUUUUGGAGAAACCCCUUCAACCAGACGAAAUAUCCAGCUUAAGACAAGCGGUUCUUGAUAAGUCUGUUUAUGUAAAUCAAAGACAGGAGGUUUUGCUGGAGGAUACAGCACGAGGACUCCAAGAUGGCAGAUGGUCUUUUUUUGUUGACAUUAAUAAUUAAUUCAGAUAUUUUGCACAAAUAAGACCACGUUCACAAAUAUUAACUUUGAAACAACCAAUAAAUGUAAGACCCUUUACCUAAGCUA